ACCGUCCCGUCCCCCGUAGGGCCCGCGCCCGCCGCUGCCGCCAAGAUGAAGGUGGUGGAGGAGCCCAACUCGUUCGGGCUCAACAACCCGUUCCUGCCCCAGACCAGUCGCCUGCAGCCCAAGAGGGACCCUUCACCCCUGUCUGGGCCCGCACACCUCUUCCGGCUGGCCGGCCAGUGCUUCAGCCUCGUGGAGUCAACGUACAAGUAUGAGCUGUGCCCCUUCCGCAACGUGACGCAGCACGAGCAGACCUUCCGCUGGAACGCGUACAGCGGGAUCCUGGGCGUCUGGCACGAGUGGGAGAUCUCCAACAACAGCUUCCGGGGCAUGUGGAUGCGGGAUGGCGAUUCCUGCCGCGCCAGGAGCCGGCAGAGCAAGGUGGAGCUGACUUGUGGGAAAAGUAACCGCCUGGCGCACGUGUCUGAGCCCAGCACCUGUGUCUACGCGCUGACAUUCGAGACGCCUCUGGUCUGCCACCCGCACUCCCUGUUAGUGUACCCGGCCCUGCCCGCGGCCCUGCAGCGCCGGUGGGACCGGCUGGAGCAGGACCUGGCUGACGAGCUGAUCACGUCCCAGGGCUACGAGAAGUUGCUGAGGGCGCUGUUUGAGGAGGCCGGCUACUUAAGGACCCGGGAAGAGAGUGACUCCGUGCAGGAAGGAGGUGCUAAGGGCCUGGUGUUCCAGAGCCUGGAGACCUGCAGGGAGGCGCAUAAGGAAGUGUCGGAGGAGGUCAGGAGACUCCAGCGCCUGCUGACUGCGCACGGCAUCCCCUACUCGGCUGAGGCCGGGGGCCCUGCGGCCGGCGCUGCCCUCCUGCCGCUGCAUGUCCUGGCAGAAACCCCCAGCUCUGAGCACAGGGGCCCCGGGCCUGCGCGGGAACAUGUGACUGCAGCCUGGCCGACGCAGAGACCCACAGAGUAAAGAUUCAAGGUUUUUAAUUAAGUUCCAUACUGAUAAAAAUAAUUCCAUGAAUUCUGUAAACCAUUGCAUAAAUGCUAUAGUGUAAAAAAUUUAAACAAGUGUUAACUUUGAACAGUUCACUACAAGUAAAUGAUUAUGGGUUAUAAAUACUACCUUCUGGGUUAAGAAAAUUCAUUCCAGUAACAUCUCUAAAUACUCCGAACAGACAUAGAUUGAGGCUUCCAUAAAUUAAUCCACAUCACGUGUCCACACUGGGCUGAGGGCGCCUGCCAGCCCCAGGUCCGCAGCAGCGGGAGGCUGGAUGGGCCGCCGGGGAGUAGGGGAGGGACCCGCCUGUGCGAGCCGUCCCCACUCUGUCCCCUGACAGCGCCAGCGCUCGGCCGCCCAUCCACAGAGACACGUUCUGUUUCCCAUAAAAGACCAAAGGUCUAAGAUGUGAAACAAGUGCAUAAAUAUUAAUAAAAAUAAUUUUAAACAUUGA